AUGUAUGGUACCGUUUACGGUAAAUGUCAUCAAUCUACGACGAUUUGUGAUGGUGUAUGUGGUUAUAUAAACAAUACGUUUGCUUUAUAUACUUCAUUGGAUCUGGUCAACUGGACAUUAAUUAGUAAUAAUAUUGUACCUGAAGUCACCAAGGAUAACAAUUACAUCAAUUAUUGGAUGCCAAAUGUUGGUUAUAAUAGUCGUACUGAACGAUAUGUUAUGGUCUAUUGGUCAAGCAGAUAUGGAUUUCAAAAUUCCACUGUUGCUCUUGCUGUUGCUUCAACACCCUUUGGACCUUUCGUGAAUGUUCCGCCCUUAGUGAUGCAAGGAGGGAGAGUAAUCAGCAGCACUACUGGCCUAUUUGUUGACGAUGAUAAUACAGCUUAUGUUCGAUAUAAUACACGUGAUACACCUUUGAGACAUGUGAUAGAAAAACUUUCACCAGAUUGGAUGACAAGUACGGGGCAGUUCUCUAUUAUUUUCGAGAAACAAGAUUAUCCAUGGUACGAAGGGGGUGGGGUCUUCAAAAGAAAAGGAAUUUAUUAUACAAUGUUAUCCACCGAUUGUUGUUUUUGUCAAUGGGGCGCAGACGCGCGAACAUUUACUAGUACUGAUCUUCUCGGCAAUUGGACCUAUCUCAGUCAGCUAGAUUAUUGUGCUGAUGGAAAAGCUCCAUCAGAUCAUGUUGACGGCAUGAAUAUCAAUCCAUGCUCAAUUAAUGAUCCAUAUGGGACAAAUUUCACAAUUCCCGCUCAACAAUUCAAUGUAGCCACUUUACCAAUAUCAUCAGAAGAAACUUUAUACACGUACUAUGGAGAAAGAUUUCGCUCGAGUAAAGAUGGAGUCAAAGGUCAUGAUUUUCAAGCUUGGAUACCAAUAGAAUUUAUGGACAAUGAUACCCCAAAACCUAUGAAGUUUUAUGAUAAUUUCACUAUUAGCAUCCAAGACGAAAACAGUGCAGAAUUAAUUUAA